AGGUACUUGGGUAAUUGGUAUGUAAAAAAAGAUGGUUCCACACGCUUGAAGACAUUAAAUUUACAAACUAAGCAAAACGCGUGAACUUUUUAAUAAGAUUUCGGAGUGUUGAUUAUUAUUUAGAAAAGAAAUUGUAAAUUCUUGCUUAUCAAAAACCCUUCGAUUUGUUGAAGACAGCAAAAUGCGUAGAAGAAGUGAACGAAAAAAAUCUUCGGAUGUAUCCUCGCCAGUCCCGGCGUCGCGACGUACCAACCGCCGCCGCAAAUCUCCAUCUAUAUCCGAGGAUGACAAAAAUGACUUGAAAAGCAAUGAAGUAAAUGAAAAACAUAUUUCCGAAUCAAAUGAGCUGAGUGCUGGAGAAAAAGAAAGGGAUUCCAGCGAAGAGCGCGUUGGAAUAAGGCGUAGACGUAGCUCACGCAGUACAAGAACUCCCAUAAAAGAGCCACAAGAAACGAGUCCUUUACGUCGUCGUCGCAAUCGCAGAGAAACAACACCACCAGAAAAUAUCAUUUCAUCUAUUCAAGAAGAAGAAAAUGUUGCCAGCGAUGAAGAUGCGUCUGUAAAAAUGAAAAACGUCUUACAAGAAAAAAGUGAAAUAGGAAUAGAAAAAGAAGAAAAGUCAGAAAAAUCAAUACUAACAUCUAUAGAUGCAAGAGAAGAAGCAAAUGACGAGGAUAAACUGGAUGAGAAGCCAAGAGAAUACGGUGAAAAACAGAACAUAAUAGAAGAGAAGGCAGAAAAGUCUCAUGAAAAUUUAAAAAGCGAAAAGCUUAUCAGAUCGUCUGAAGAGGAGACAGGUUUUUCUAUUAAAAGUGAUAAAGAUAUUGCUUCUCCGUCGGAGGAUCAAGUUGACAAAUAUGAUCAAGAUGAAGUUAAAAUACAUAACCUUGGCAAUGCCCCACGAUCACGAAGUAACAGCAGUGUUCGGAAACUAUCAACCAGCAAGGAUACUAACGAAGAUGGAGGAACUGAAGACAGAGAGGUAGUCGAAAAGGACGACAAAUCUGGGGAAGCGCGUGCAAUGAGAGAUGACUUGCCCCAAAAGGAUGAACAUAAGUUGGAGGAGGUAAACCACAAAAAUGACGGUAAAACUAAUGAAACCUCUAAUACUACUGCAGCAGCUGAUACAGGUAGCAACAACAAUAUUGCAGCCGUUGCCCCUACUAAUGCCACUACCCGCAAACGUCGUUGGAUCACAAAAAAAGGCACUGAAUGCAAAGAGCCUAUUAUGGCCAUAUCCACAGAUUCGUUGAAGACUCUUAUUGCAGAUGUUCAUCCUGUGCCGUUGAGCGAUGUGCAAUUAGAGUCUUCAUCUGAUGUUGAGGAUGUGACUUCAGAGCGCGAAGAAGGGGAACAGUCUCCUUCACCAGAACCAGAAAGGCGUCGUGUUUCAACAGACAAAAUUGAAAUAUCCGUCAAACCGCGGCCACAACAAAAGGAGAGCAGUCGUCAAAAUCAGAUGGUUCUUGGUGCGGGAACUGUCCCGGAUCCCAUACAACGUCAACCUAGUCCAGCCCGAAACCAAUCCAGUUGUGUUUUAUAUAUAACUAAUUUAGUUCGUCCCUUUACAGUACUGCAGCUAAAGGGGCUUUUAGCAAGAACUGGAAAAAUUGUAGAAAAUGGAUUUUGGAUUGAUCGCAUCAAAUCUAAAUGCUACGUCGAAUAUGAAACUGAAGAUGAAGCAAUAGAAACACGACAUGCUCUCCAUGGAGUACGCUGGCCUGCUUCAAAUCCAAAGUGUUUAAACGUUGAUUUUGGAAAUAAGUCUGAUAUGAUUAAAGUAAUAGAGUCCACAAAAGAAGAGGCACCGAAGUUUGGCCAAGAAACGAACAAGGACAAUGUAUUAGUCGGAUCGGGCUGGAAUAGGGAUCGUACAGAUGACGAAAAAAGGGGCUCUCGGCCAGUGCGGGAGUGGGAUGUUGGCAAAAAGGAGAAUCUGGACCGUGAUAAUAAGGGCAUCAAGGAUAUUGAACGACGUCGUGAACGUAGCCGGGAACGUGAUAGCUCUAGAAAUAGAGAUUUUGAUCGAAAUGAUAGAAUUGAACGUGACAGGAAUGACCGCGACAGAGAAAGGAGACUGCGACGUGAUAGAGAAAAUCGCAGCAGUAGUUUAUCGCCAGCAAGAAAACAGAAGAAGAAAGAGGAUCCACCACUAAGAUUAUUAGAUGAUCUAUUUCGUAAAACAAAGGCUACGCCCUGUAUUUACUGGUUACCAUUAACUCCUGAACAGAUUGCUGAAAAGGAAGCGUUGCGUUUAAAGCGCUUAGAAGAACAAAAGCAACGCUUGAAACAAAGGGAAUUAGAACGUGAAAGGGAACGAGAACGUGAUAGAGAACGGGAACGCAACCGUCAAAAUCACGACAGAGAUCGAUCAAGAGAACGUGAACACCGUCGACCAAGAUCGAGCGAUAGAAGACGUUCUCGUAGUCGUGAACGCCGUCGUUAUUAAAGUGGCACGUGGUGGUAUUUUUCUCUAAUUGCAGAUCCGUUAUAAAGGCAUAAUUUUAAUGUCUUUUCUAUAUUUCCUUCUUUUAGGGAGAAAAUGAUGUUAUCACACACAUAUUUAAAAAACGAUAUCGGUUGUUUUUUCCUUAAACUCAGUAAAGCGUUUGGAAAUUUUGUUCCAACUUAAAAAUUUUGUAUUCGUACAAAUAACAAUGAGACCACCACUAGAGUUGAGCAUAAAAAAACAAUUAUUCGCUUGGAAAAAUUGUUCAUAAUUUGUUUCAAACGACAUAUUUCCUUAAUAAACGUAUUGCCUCAUUGCUCAUCUCAAAUAUUAUUAGGUAUUUCUAUACACUCAAGUGGACUUAUUUCUUUUCCUCUUUAUACAGUAUGUAUAUUCUUUAUUCUUCUAUAAACAUUUAUUUGCAAAUGGUUUUUUAUAUAUCUUUUUUGUUUUUCAUUUAUUAAAACAUUUUUGAUCUUAAGAACUUUUUAGCGCAUACUAGAAAUUUGAAAUCUGAUCUGCCAUCCCUAUAAAUAACUGCAAUCCCUACAACAUUAAGCCGAGUAUGUUUUUAUGCCCACAGCGCCAAAUCGCCCUGAUUAUGAAGGAAGGAAUUACCGUGCUACCGAUACACACCAACAUUGAAGCUAAUCACUUAAUUCACAGCUAUACUCACAAGGUCGUCACUCAAUUAUAUAAAUGAAAAGCAUCAUAUUUGACUCCUGCUUAAUUUUUAUUUUUCGGAUAAAAAUGACAAAAAUACAAACUUGUAUGUACGUACGUUACACUGACAGUGAAUAAAUAAAAAAAUGUGUGUCAUAUUUCCAAUAUAUCUACAGUCGAAGGAAUACACCAUCCACAUAUAAACAACAGAAAAAUUAAAAUUACAUAUUUAAUAUUUUAAAUGUUUGUAUCAUCUACAAAAGUAAUACUAAAUUAUAACAAAUAAUAAAAGUAAACAUAGAAUUCAAUAAA